AUGAAAACAACGACGCUCUUGAGCCUGGCGGUCGUCACCUCUGCCUUCUCAGUCUCUGCCUCCGCUGCGCCAGAUCUGCAUCGGGUGGUACUGGAUAGGGUAGUACGCACAGAGGAAACAGAAAGGACAAGUCAUCAAGUCCAACAAGCCCUCGCCCGAUACUCUCAACCCUCCAUGACCGAGAUUGUACAACAACAGCAAAAAGAACAACAAGAGCAACAAGGGCGGAAGGAGAUGAUAACGAAGGAGGAAGAGGAGGAGGGGAAGGCGUUAGGUUUGGAGCAACGGUUGUUGAGGAUCCCGUCUAGGGUUCUGAGGCGCUUGAGGGGGCAGGCGCAAGUGGCGUUGGUUCAGGAGCAGAGGUUGGAGCAGGAGCAGGAGCAGGAUGGGCAACAGCAGCAGGAGCAGAGGAAGGAAGCUCAGUCGGUUUUUAGUGCUGAGGUUGGCGGUACGAAGGAGAAGAACGCCAAGGAUAAGAAGACGGAUAAGGAGUAUGAUGUCUAUGAAGACGACGACGACGAUAACGACGUUGAUGAUCACGGCGAGCUGGAGAAUGGAAAUGAGGAUGAGAAGAAGGGUAAGAAUACAGGCGGUGUGGAUAAGAAGGAGAAGGAGAAGGAAAAGGAGGACAAGAACGAGAAGGAGGAGGAGGACAAGGCGGUCGCUUCAGUGAUAGAGUUGGCACAAUUCGAUUCUGCGUCGUCGCGUCGGUCCAAGGCUAUUGACUCUGAGCGUGUCCCCAUCGAGUACAACCCCUCUGAAGUCGCCUUCGUGGGACAAGUAGGAAUCGGCACGCCAAACCAAUACUUCAACCUCGAAUUUGACAUUGGCUCCUCCGAUACAUGGGUAACAUCUGCGCGUGCAAACUGUUCCCAGAACAGCCCCUGUUCCACCACCGCCCGUCGUGGCUUCCGCGCUGAGCGGUCUAGUACGUUUGAGAGUGCACCCAAUAUCUCGUGGCAUUUGGAGUUGAGCAAUGGGCUGGCGGUGAAGGGGAGGUUGGGGACGGAUGUGGUUCAGGUGGCGGGAUUUGUGGUUGACAGGCAGGUCAUUGGGGUUGCAGAUUCUUUGAAGGAUAUGAAGGAGAACGGGAUUGAUGGGUCUUUUGGGCUGGGACUUAUGGACCUGACUUUCAGUGGCGACCCAACACCGGUAGACAACCUGAUCAACGCAAACGCAAUGCGUUCAGAAGUAGGCGUCUGGUUCGGAUCCGGCAACCAAGGCGGAGAACUAACCUUUGGGGGCCAAGACCGUGCCCGCUACACAGGCUCCCUAUCCUACUACCAAGUCCCCGCGGGUUCUGCAUACUGGUCAACCCCGAUCCACUCCCUAACCGUUAUCAACGACAAGUCGAUCGAAUUCAAGGACAAGAUCCCUCGGAACAAACGGAGCGUCGACCAAGUGAACUCUCGUGUCGGGACAGGGACCGGGAUCAGUGUGCCGAAUGUGAUUUUUGAUACCUCGACGAAUAUUAUCUUGGUCCCGCCGCGGGUUGCGUAUAGGACGCAUCAGUUGAUUCAUGAUUACUUUUGGGGGUGGUAUUCCGGGUAUAGCUAUAUUUCGGGCUUGUAUACGGUUUCGUGCGAUAUGAGCCAGAUUGAUCUUUGGUUCGAUCUGGGGCCUCAGGCCGCCAAUCCCACUCCUGCACCCGAGAUCGUUGUCGCCAGUCAAGAUGGCGCCGCCUCAGGAACAACACCCGCCGCAUCACCCACCAGCGAGGACUUUCCCCAAGGCUCCACGCAAUCCUCAACAUCCUUCACAAAAGGCAACAUCACAACCGCCGGUGAAUGGACGUCGACCAACAAAUUCAGAGUCCGUGGUCAAGACCUAGUCCGCGAACGCGUACCCGUCAUCGGUGGGAUCUUCAACCUCUGCUUCUCGGGGAUCCAGGCGUCCAAGAACGACGAGGACGAUUGGGUGUUUGGGAACAUUUGGUUCAUGAACAAUUAUAUGACGCUUGAUCAUCGUCGUCGUCUCAUAGGUAUUGCGCCUGCAGUCCAGUCGUAG